UCAGUAAUAAUUCUUUCACAUUUCAUAAACGUGAAUUCAUUUUUUCUGUUCUCUCCUCUCCAUCCUUCCUGAUGAUAUUCCCGAAAGCUGCCGCUAUUUUGCGUCUGCGUAUCACGUAUAACGAAAAGAAGAGAGGAACGGGGAAAAGAGGAAGUGGACGACAGGAAAAGAGGAAGUAGAAGACAGGAAAAGAGGAAUGCUGUUUUUCGGUGUGAUCGGACCAGCAUAACAUGCUACUCAAAAUAUUCAUCAAUGACAGAUGAUUCGAUCAGAUGAUACAUUUAAGCACAAAUGUAUUUUUGGUUGGUGACAAAGGCACGUAGUCAUAUAGAGACUUUACGUGCACAAAUUGUUAAAUAUGUUGGAAAGGAUUUGAUAUGAUUUCUAACAACUGAAGUGGAGAAAGGACGGAGUUCAGCGAGAUGGAUGAGGUAUUGGAGAAAUUUCUGAAAGAUCAGAAGAUAAAGAUAGCAGAAGAGAAAGCCUCUCUAAAACAGGAUCCCCCUUAUAUGGAGAUAAGGAGACAUAAAGAAAGAGGACAUCUGCAAAAAGAAAACAUACAUCCAAUCACGAGUCAGCAAGAUGGAGCGAGUCUGCCGCUUGGUGAGGAAUAUGAACGAAAGAAACACAAACUGCAAGAAGAGCUCAGGAAAGAUUACAGGAAGUUCAUGGCAGAGAAAGAUCAGUGGGGUGCUGGUGACUUUCACACUGUUCCAGAGAGAAGAAGAUUAUCCAAGACUGUCCGAGUGAGGGAUGCGGCCACCCUUACAGAGGUGUGCGGGUUGGGCUGGGGUGUUUGCAGCUCCGAGGAAGACUGCAGUGAUGAAGAACUCAUACUUUUACAAGGGAGGCGGCUUCAGAGAGAAAGAGACACCAGGACUGUAAACAAAAGAAGAGGGGAAUGUUACACAGAAACAAGCCAUUCCACAAGCAAACUACAAUACAGAAACAGGACGUCAGCAUCUGUUGCAACUCAAUCCAAUGAAAGAUGCGGAUCUGUGGCCAGUCAGGACACCGUGUGUACCACAGGACUUCUAAUAGGUGCAGCCGAUCGGGAGGUCACAAAGCAAAGGAGAAAGGAGCAUUAUAGACGUGAACUACAGGAGCAAAUCUUGGAGAAACAGAGGCACAAGAGGAGGGAGAGGGAACUGGACCUCAAGGUUCCACUUACUGUAAUGGAUUUGGAGAGGAAGCACUUUGUGAGCGAGCCGUCUGACUACAGACGGAUCAGUGAGAUGGACAGAAAGCUGCCAAGAGAUGACAUCAUUCGCCUGGACACCGCUGAGCCAUCUGAAUGUCUAUUACAGUAUAAAACAGAUCCCUCGUCUCCAUGCAGGGCAUCUUCUCAUCUGCCAUCCGUUGCAGAGGUCUACAAGAGUCCAAGUAAUGAUGCUGAAAAUUCACUGAGUCCCAGCACAGCCUAUGGCCCAAUAGCGGGAGUUUCUUUUCCAACAUCAUCACGAGAGACGCAUUUACUCAGUCCUCCUCACCAUGAACCCAGGAGAAACACUUACAGAUCGAAGUUUCUGGUUGAGAAUGAAGGUGUAAAUUCAGGUCUGCCAGUGUUCCCUACACAUCAGACUCAGACAGACAGAUUCGGCUAUAAAGAGGAGCUCAGAAAGCAGAUAGAGGAGCGAGCAGCCCAGAGGAGGGUGGAGAAAGAAGAGAGGCGGAGACUGGAGGCGGAGUUGGAGGCCGAUAUGAGAGCGUAUGAACCUUGGGGAAGGGGGGGAGGCGGAGCUCCACUUAGAGACAGCACUGGAAAUUUGAUUACCGAUCUGAAGCAGAUGCACAUUUUAAAUGCAACCGCAGGAGUGCAAAGGCAAGAGAGACCAGGUUUUGUCCAGACACACUCGCCACAGUUCACAAGAGUGAGUGAGUCCACCAAUCAUCUCCAAUCACCCCAACAACAUCUAGAGCAAGACCAAUACAAAGCUUACCUGAGACAACAGAUGGAGGAGAAGCACAGGAAGCAGGCGGAGGAGAGAGAGCGGCAGAGGGCCGAGGAGGAGAAGGAGGAGAGAAGAUUGGCAGAACAGAGAGAGAAAAUCAGAAGGGAAUAUGAAGAAGAGCUGGAGAGCAGGAGGCGCCGUGAGAUGGAGCAAAAGCGGAAAAAUGAAGAACUCGCCCGUCUGGCAGAAGAGAGACGAAAGGAAGAUGAGAAAAAGAAGAAAGAAGAACAAGAGAAAGAGAGAGCCGCUAUGAAAAAACAAGAGGAGCAAGAGCGACGAAUACAGCGACAGCAGGUUGAACGUCCGCCUUCCCCUCCCAUCCCCACAUUACAGAAUAAACACCGCAACCCGCCACAUAAUACGGAUUUGCCUCCAUCUCAGGCUCCUCCAUCUUUAGAAAACAAAAACCAUCUGAGCAGAGCAGAGACGGACAGAAGUGAGGUGGUUAAGGAGCUGUGUGCUUUAAGCAGACGCCUGCGCAGCGAGCAGCGGCGAUUGGAGGAGCAGCUCUUUCAGACAAAUUGGGAUCAUUUACUUUCCUCCCCCCUCACUGACAGGCACAAAGCAGAUGUCUUUGACAUGGCACGUUUGCGUAUGCCUGUCCGAGGCCCAUCGUCUCGUGGCAAUGAGCCAAUCAGCUUUAAGGAAAAUGAUGAUAUCAUGUACAGGGACGUCCUUAUGCCUCUUUCUAGAACACAGCAGUCUAGGUACAGAGAUGUCGAAGGAGGGCGUGGAUCUGUGCUUCUGUCAGAGAGUGAAUUUAUUGAUCAAAACGGAGCUGCGUUCCCAGUUCCUCCAGAUGUUGAGAGGAAAUGUUCUCAGCUGUCGGCACGAGAACGACGCAGAUUAGCAAACCUUCAGUCGGCUACAGAAAGGGAGCAGGUACAGCAGCAUUCAUUCAACAUGAAGAAACCCAGAGAAACAAAUACGUUCAGGAUGAACCAACUACAGUCCUACAGACAUCACAACAUCACUGCAGGUUUCGGCUCUGAUGAAGAUAAGGAUGAAGUUGGCCAACGUGAUGAGCGCUUUAACCUACGGUGUCCUGGAAGACCCGGCUCCAUAGAUACAGAGCCCUGGGUUCGAGCUGAGUCCUCGGACACGCUCAGGAGACUCAUGUCAGGCUCUGAACUUUGAUAAUAUGAGAAACAUCUAAGGCUGUGCAGAAGAAUCUCUGUGAGAUCAAAUGACCAGCAGCACCACAAAAUCAUUUUUGUCUUCAGUGGACAUUAUACAGAUGAAGUAAAAAUCAAUUUGUUAAAAUGCAUGAUGCUUUUUUUUAAAAAAGCAGUGACACAAAUACUGUAUUGAAAUAAAGUUUUUAAUGUUUCA